CAACAGAGCGAAGUAACCAGAAUCCUCGAUGGGAAAAACAUCAAGUACGAGCUGGUGGAUAUCUCCCAGGACAACGCUCUCCGGGAGGAGAUGAGGGCCAAGGCUGGCAACCCCAAAGCCAUCCCACCCCAGAUCGUCAACGGAGACCACUACUGCGGGGAUUACGAGCUCUUUGUGGAAGCGGUGGAGCAAAACACCCUGCAGGAGUUCCUGAAGCUGGCCUGAGGCCCGGGCUCCCCUCCCGUCCUGGACUCUACUUGCAUUCCUCAGCACCCUCAUCUCUGACCACCUUCACUUCCAGGCUGUCAGCGCCGUCCUGGCACGGCGACGUGCAUCCCAGCACAGGGAAACCCAUGACCAAAACUACUCACUGCAGCUGCCUACGAUUCUCUCCUGCCUAACCCCCAUAUCAUCUCAGAGAGAUCCAAAGAAAGUCUGAUGCUCGCUGCGCAUGGCCUGUGAACAAAGCUGGGCCUGGCUCACACAGCAGCUUCCAGUGCCUCUGUAAACAGCAAAGCCUCUGGGGCUGUGCGAAGUGCAGCCGUCCGUCAGCCCUCUCCUCUGCAGGGAGAGCUGCUGCUUCAGGAGGGAAGGGCUUAGGGUUGUGUGUUACUUCCUACUUUUCCCAGUUGCUGUUAAAAUUGUAAAUCCUGCUGCCUCACUUUGUUUUUUUUU